AUGGCGACACUCAUCCGCCCGCCGCCCAUUGACCAGUCGCAAUCCGAAAUCGAAAAUGUCCUCGAACUGACGCAACUGUCCGACAUCGACCCUGACCUCUUCACCAACACGCGCCCACUAUGGCAUCCCCCGGGUGCGCGCGGCAUCUUCGGCGGUGCUGCCAUCGCCCAGACGCUCGCUGCAGCCCAGAAGACGGUUGACCCCGAGUUCACUGUGCAUUCCAUGCACUGCUACUUCGUGCUUGCCGGCAACUCAGAGAUACCACUCAUAUACCACGUAGAGAGAGUACGAUCAGGAAAGUCCUAUGCGACAAGAACAGUGCAGGCGCGCCAACGGGGCAAGGUCAUCUUCACGACAACUAUGAGUUUCGUGCGCCAGAACAGUGGAGGAGCGAAGAAGGUCGAGCAUGUGGUCCCAAUGGCCGACGUGCCAGGCCCAGAGGAGGAUUCGGACUCGGAGAUGCAUCCCAGCGGCCACAGUCCGUUCCAGAGCCAGAGACUGGCGACCGAGAAUGAGGACUCCGACAAACCUCACACCAAGAAGUGCCGCCAAUGGGUGAAGGCGCGCGGUCGCAUCUCCCCCGCUGGAGGCCACGAGGCCCACCUCUCCGCCAUCGCCUACAUGUCCGACAGCUACUUCAUCGGCACCGUCGCGCGCGUCCACAAGCUCUGGCGCUAUUCCUCACAACGCAAGAGUGCCGCUAAGUCCAGCAUCGGCGAAGACGUGCUCAAGACACUGCUGGAGAUGGACGAUGCCGAGUUGAAGCGCCAGUCCGUUAGCGAGGCAGACAUCAAGCGUAUACAGCGCAUCAAGAAUGGUGAAGACCCAAAGAAGGUUGCGGAUGACGUGCCAGAGAUUGGCAUGAUGGUCAGUCUGGACCACACCAUUUACUUCCACAACCCUCGUACCUUCAGGGCCGAUGAAUGGAUCUUCACCGAGACAGAGACGCCCUGGGCUGGCGAUGGUCGUGGCCUCGUCUUCCAGAGGAUGUACACGAAAGAUGGAACCCUUAUCGCGACCUGCGUACAAGAGGGUGUUAUUCGACUUAAGCAGAACGACAGCAAGUUGUGA